AUGUUAUUUCACCGGGGAAUCCAAUCCUUUCGCUCCGUCACCACCGCAAAAUUCUCAAUCCUCCACUCAUUCGCCACCGCCACGGCCACGGCCAACUCCAACGCCAACGCUGAAGAUGACAUCUUCAAAUCCCACCACCACCUAUCCACCAUAAAAUCCAAAUCCCAACUCCUCCAAUCCUACACUGUCACGCCCCCUAUUAAGCCAUGGCCCCAAAAACUGUCACACAAACGCCUUGUCUCUAUUAUCACCCGCCAACAAAACCUCGACCUUGCCCUCCAAAUAUUCCAACACGCCGGUAAAUAUCACCCCAAUUUUCACCACAAUUACGACACUUACCACUCCAUCAUCCACAAGCUCUCUCGCGCCCGUGCUUUUGAACCCGUAAAUACCCUUUUGAACGAUCUCCUUCAUUCCAAUAUCAAGUGCGGGGAGAACUUAUUUAUCACAUUGAUCAGAAACUACGGAAUUGCUAGUAAACCCAAAGAUGCCCUUAAAACCUUCAUUCAUAUCACGGAUUUUGGUGUACAAAGGUCAGUUCGAUCCUUUAACACCCUUUUAAACUCGUUGGUUCAGAAUAAGAAGUACGAUUCUGUUUACAUAUUGUUUAAGAAUUGCCAGAGAAAGUUUGGCAUUGUGCCUAAUGUGUUUACUUGUAACAUAUUAUUGAAGGCGCUCUGUAAGAAGGAUGAUGUUGAGGGUGCGGUUAGGCUUAUGGAUGAAAUACCAGCAAUGGGAAUGGUUCCCAAUGUUGUCAGUUAUACGACUAUUUUAGGUGGGUAUGUGACACGAGGUGAUAUGGCAGGGGCGAAGAGAGUGUUUGAUGAGAUUUUGGAUAGAGGGUGGUUGCCUGAUGCAACCACAUACACAGUUUUGAUGGAUGGGUUUUGUAAGCUAGGAAGGUUUGUUGAAGCAACGAAAGUGAUGGAUGAGAUGGAGGAGAAUGGGGUUGAGCCAAAUGAUGUUACUUAUAGUGUCAUGAUUGAGGCUUUGUGUAAGGAAAAGAAGUCUGGGGAAGCUGUUAAUUUGGUUAAUGAUAUGCUUGAUAAACAGUAUAUACCAAGCUCAGCAUUAUGUUGUAGGGUGAUUGAUGUCUUGUGUGAGAAAGGGAAGGUUGAGGACGCAUGUGAGUUGUGGAAGAAGUUGUUGAUAAAGAAUUGUACUCCAGAUAAUUCGGUAUCGAGCACACUUAUACAUUGGCUUUGUAAGGAAGGGAAGGUUUGGGAAGCGCGGAAGUUGUUUGAUGAGUUUGAGAGAAGUACUAUACCUAGUUUGUUGACGUAUAAUACACUUAUUGCCGGGAUGUGCGAGAGAGGGGAGUUGUGUGAGGCAGGGAGGUUGUGGGAUGAUAUGGUGGAGAAGAAAUGCACCCCUAAUGCUUUUACUUAUAACAUGAUGAUCAAGGGGUUUUGUAAGGUAGGUAAUGCAAAGGAAGGGAUUGAACUCUUGGAGGAGAUGUUGGAUAAAGGCUUAUUUCUGGACAAGUCCACUUAUUCUAUCUUGAUUGAAGGACUCUGCAAUUCAAAAUGCGAACCUGAAGUUUGCAGGGUGCUUUCUGUGGCUGCUUCUAGUAAUCAGAGGAUUGAUGCUGAUUCUUGGGGAAUUCUAUUGGCCAAUUUAGUUUCCAAUCUUGAUAAGGGAAUGGUUCUUUUAGAAGAAAUAUUGCUAGAGAAUGCUACGUAG